AUGUCAGCCUCCGAUACCAAAGAGCGCAUUGCCUGGAUCGUUCGCCCUGCCAAAAUUGAAGAUGAAUCUGCUGUGAAUGAUCUGCUCAUGAACUCGUAUGGAAGCUUGUUGGCUGACAAGUACGAGGCUGAAUUCCUGAAGAAGUCACUUCCCCUGAUUACGAAAGGACGGGAGGAACUUUUGACCUGUGGUACCUGGUACGUGGUAGAGGAUCCAAGAGACGGAUCCUUGACCGGCUGUGGAGGUUGGACUUUUCGCCAACCAGCCAAUACGGAGGGAGGUCUCAAAGUGCCCCACCUAAGACAUUUCGCCACUCGUUCAGACGUCACACGAAAGGGAAUUGGAAGAGCCAUUUGGAAUCGGUCUUGGCAAGAUAUCACCAAGAUGUCUCCAAAGGGGGACAAAACGUCAUUGGAAGUCUUUAGCACGCUGACUGCCGAGCCCUUCUAUGCUUCGGUGGGAUUUCAAAAAGUAAAAGAAUUGACAUUGCCAAUAGCCGAAGGGUGUGACUUUCCAUGCAUUUUGAUGCGCCGGGAAGCGUUGUCCUAA